AUGUCGCUACAGCAGCCAGCCGACGCCUACAUGGUAUUCCCAAGAAGAAAGAGAACGGCGCCUGAUGAGGAACGUCCCCCCGCCAUGUCCAUCACUAGAGAGUCCCUCCAACGCCUCUUCUGCAUGCGCCAGGUCCACGCUGCGAAUCACCUGGGCAUCUCGCUCACAGCCUUCAAGAACGCUUGCAAGCACCUCGGAUACGACCGAUGGCCAUACCAAAAAGAAGGCGACGGAGCAAGCUUGUCGUCGAGCCCCACCACUACACUUUCAUGGGAGUCAGAGAAUGGGGAGGUAGCGAUGGUGAGACCUAUUGGUGCUGGAGAUGUUGACAGCGAGAACAAUCUUGCUGCCUUUGAAGUGACGAAGCUUUCUCCUGGGAACUCUUCUCCUCACUGGAGCUCAGCCACUCCCACAGACUUGGCAUUGCGACACGAGGGCGAUGGCUGCGAUUCGUACAUGAGCGAUCAGCAGCAAGGGGAGGAGUCAGAUGCAUCUGAGGUCGUGAUGAGCUGCUCAUCUGAUGCUCAGGCUGGACCUACCCGUAUGCGUGAAGAAGAAGAGGGCAGGAAGGAGUCAGGUGUGUCCAUACAGUGGAUCGAGUGGUUCGUUGGUGUGGGUUUUGAAGAUCCAAGGAUUGCGAUGGAUGACGAGGGAUGA